CUUUGGAAUCAGUCGCGAUCGGUCGCGACCGAUUUGGAGAGGCGAUCGGUCGCUACCGACUGCAAGCGACAAAGACAUUGGUGUCCACCGUUCUUGGAUCCUGCCCAGUUCUUCGAGCGGCGUCCAGCCGAGGCCACGCCCGCCGCGGCCCCAGGAGGGCCAGGGCCGUCCAAAAACCACACCCCGAUCCUCGAUGCUCGAUGCCCCUGUCGGCCUCCCUGCCCACCGGCAUCUGUCGAUGCCGCUCCCCCGCCCGGAGAGGAGAGCCGGAGGCGCGAGGAGCUCCGGUCGCAGCAGCUCGCGGAGCGUUUGGGCGUGGAGGAGGCCCACAUGACGGAGCUGCAGGAAUUCAACGAGAUCUGGGACCGGAAGGCGGCAGAAUUCGAGGCACACGCUGCCACCCUGCAGAACACCCUGGCCGCCAGGCACCAGGCGGAGCACCAGGAGCACCUGGAGCGCCUGCGGCGCGAGACGGAGCCGAGGACGCCGCGCUGGAGCAAGGACCUGCUGAACCUGCGGCGGAUCCAGGAAAUCCUGGCGAAGCAGAAAAAGUACGCCGAGGCCGAGAAGACAAAGCUCCAGGCCGAUCGGGUGGAGUCGGAGGAGCACCGGAUGUGGAAGGUCAAACGGGAGGCCAAGAUAGAGUCCCUGGAGAAGCAGUUUCUCCACAAGCAGCAGCUCGAGAUGGGCGGGCUGCUGAAGCGGAUUCAGUCCGGCAGGGAGGAGCAGAAGCAGGCCAGAAAGGGCGAGUUGGAGCGCUUGCUGCAGCGCUACCAGAACGUGAAGUCCCAGCUGGAAUCUCAGCAGAAGAUCAUCCAGCAGAGGGUGGAGAGGUUCCCGCUGACCUCGGGCCCGCAGAGGCCGGAGUCGAGGCCGGAGUCCCGGAGCGGGCGCGGCGGUGGCCUGAAGCAGUUCUGACCACGGGCGGAUGCACGGCCACGGUCAGGCUUGCGGAUGGGGCCAGCCGGCAACCUCGGCGAAGCGUUUGCUCGCGACCGGCGUUGCCUGUCGCCGCCCGUCACCCUUGUCGGUCCUUCAUUCGUGCAUCUGUGUGUGCGCGUUUGUUCUCGCACGCUUUACCCUCUGCCUCCUCUGUCCUCCGACUCCACGCCCCCCUCUACA